GGGGGAGACAGGCAGAACCUGGUUCCCUGCACCUCCCUGCGCCGAUGCUGCUUGCCGGAGGGGCAUUGAGGUUCCAGGCCACCUGCUGGCCACCUGUGCUGGGCCCACAGGGUGGAGUAUGAGUGGACCAGUGUCUCAGUGACUGUUCCUUCUUCCCCUUGCUGCGCUCCCGUGGGCCAGGUGUAGGGCUGCAUCUCUUCAUGGCGUAAAACUCAUCCACACCGCAAUCUCCAAAGAAGGUACUGCUGUCCCUAUUUUCCCUACAUGGCUCCUCCAGAGACGCCAUGGCCACUGAGGGUCCAGGUGUACCCAGGCGGGUCCAGGUGUACCCAGGCAGCUCUAGGUCAUUCUCUCACUCGAGUGAGGCGCCUGCCACCAGGGUGUUCCUCGUCCUGCAGCUGCCUGUUCUGUGCAUGGGCUGUGCGUGCUGCGCCCCUGUGUGUCCAGCCACGCAGGCUCUGUGGCUCCCCUCCUAGAGGCUUCCUGUCCUGGACUCCCGGCCCUGGGGCCCCCAGCCUUGGGCUGCACUGCUCCUUGUCUGGAUUGAUUGAAUCCUGGCUAUUUCCUUUUGUUUGUUUUAAAGUUUGAGUAAUUUGAGACUAAACAUGGAGAGAAAUGGUGACACACCCCAGUUCUUUUGGGGAAACCCUGGGUCUGAUGACAGCCACCGUCUGUUGGUCUGUGUGUGUUGCACAGCAGCUUCAUGUGGCCCUGCAGGUGGAGCGUGAGGGACUGGCAUUGUCCAGGUCCCACCGGCACUGCCCCUGUAUGGUCCUUGAUGCUGUGCUGACUCACGCAGCGGUGCCCAUGGGCUCCGGAGACCAUCAGUUCAACCUCUCGGAGAUCCUGUCACAGAACUACAGCGUUGAGGGGGAGUGUGAGGAGCCUUCGAGAUGCUCAGACAAGCCCAAGGAGGAGCUGGAGAAGGACUUCAUCUCCCAGAGCAGCGACAUGCCCUUCGAUGAGCUGCUUGCACUCUAUGGCUAUGAGGCCUCAGACCCCAUCUCAGAGUGGGAGAGUGAGGGUGGCGACAUGGCCCCCAACCUCCCAGUCAUGACCCUGGACAAGGAACAAAUAGCGAAGGAUUUGCUUUCAGGGGAAGAAGAGGAAGGGCCGCAGUCAUCUGCUGAUGACCUCACCCCGUCCGUGACUUCGCACGAGGCCUCCGACUUCCCAAACCGGAGUGGAUCUCGUUUCCUGGCUGAUGAAGUCAAGGAGCCUGGCUCUUCUGCCUCCUCCGACACUGAGGAGGACUCCCUUCCUGCCAACAAAUGUAAGAAGGAGAUCAUGGUGGGACCUCAGUUCCAAGCUGACCUCAGCAGCCUGCACUUGAACCAGCACUGUGAGAAGAUCUACGAGAAUGAAGACCAGCUGCUCUGGGACCCCAGUGUCCUCCCCGAGAGGGAGGUGGAGGAGUUCCUGUACAGAGCUGUGAAGAGACAGUGGCAUGAGAGGGCCAGGCCUCAGCUCCCGGAGGGAGAGACUGUGAAAGACAGUGAGCAGGCGCUGUAUGAGUUGGUAAAAUGCAACUUCAACGUGGAGGAGGCCCUGCGGAGGCUGCGGUUCAACGUCAAGGUGAUCCGAGAUGGGCUCUGUGCUUGGAGUGAAGAGGAGUGCAGGAACUUUGAGCACGGCUUCCGUGUGCACGGGAAGAACUUUCACCUGAUCCAGGCCAACAAGGUGCGCACGCGGUCGGUGGGCGAGUGUGUAGAGUACUACUACCUGUGGAAGAAGUCGGAGCACUACGACUACUUUGCCCAGCAGACGCGGCUGGGCCGGAGGAAGUACGUCCCGUCUGGAACCACGGACACAGACCAGGACCUGGAUGGCAGUGACCCUGACGGCCCCGGUCGCCCCUGCCCUGAGCAGGACACCCUGGCUGGGAUGCACACAGAGCCCCUGAGCAUGGAUGGCACAGCUGGUGGUCUCAGUGAGCCUGAAGUGGCCUCUGGUGGCCCCCCAUCCUCGGAGCCAGAGCCCUGUUCCUUCCAACAACAGCUGGACGAGCCCCCCGCUGUGCCCCUGCCCCGUCUGCCCCCAGCCCCGGCCGACCCAGCCUCGUACCUGCCAGCUGUUGCUCCGGAGCCAGACGCCAGCCCGAGGUUGGCCGUGGACUUCGCCCUGCCCGGGGAGCUGCCCCUCAUCCCCAGCCAUGUGGACCUGGGUGCAGACCCGGAGGAGACGGUGGCCCCUGCCCAGGUGGCUUUGUCAGUCACCGAGUUUGGACUCAUCAGCCUUGGGGACGUGAACCCCUUCCUGGCCGCCCACCCCACGUGCCCGGCCCCCGGGCUACACUCGGAGCCCCUGUCACACUGUAACGUGAUGACCUGUUGAUUCCUGGCUGUGGGCAGGCGUGUGUGGCCCAGACUGGACUUGGCGCUGCUGCUGGCCAGCCUCGGUCGGUCUUCUGACCCCUUCCCCCCUCUCAGGCCUUGGGGCAGCACCUCC